CGGUAGCAGCUUGGGAGGAGGUUUCCGCGGGGGUUUAUACGGUAGGUGCUGGCCACUUGUUGCUUCCAUGGUGUGUGAAUUGGAUACGGUGAAUGGGAUGGAACACACGGGGUAUUGAUGAGGCGCGUACCUCAUGGUGAGACGGCGAGUUGGAAUGGAAAUAGCGUGAACAUUGGGUAGUAGCACCUAAGCAGAUGCAGUUGUGUCGUUGGUGGACUACGUAGGUACUUGAGUUGGCUUUGACGCGGGAAGCUUGUGACGCGUCGCCCUGUGCACAAUGGACGUUGCAGAACCCUUCUUGCAUGCCCUCUUGCUAGCAGGUCACACGAUCCGACCGAUGCAUUACGCCGAUGCAUUGGUCCCCUUAACCGUGCAGUGUGCUUACCGUCACUGGAUAACUGGAAGGGUACCAUCGUGUUCAUGACUGUGCACGUCACUUUGCUUGUCAAGCUGCUAGGAAGUUUGGCAGACGAAACUGGUACGCCUUUACUAGUAAAGCAAGCAAAGCGGUAUAUGUGUUACACCAUCUUGUAUGCAAUCAUCCCGGACCAUGCCAGCCUAAGAAGAGCAUCCGACUUCAUGAUGAUUUGAUGACCCGCGGAGCUGGAGUUCCAUGCUAUACUUGUUUUCUACUUUGCACAAGGACGUCGAUAGAAAUGACUCAUAUGUAAUGCUUGCACUUAACCUCCUCUAAAAGGCUGAAUACAGCGAGCAUAGAAGAGUAACCACUGUAGAGAUAUCUUGAAAUAAGGACAGGUUUGUGCGCUCUGGACAAUUCUUAAUAAUGCCAACCAUGACGGGCUUUCGCCAUGCUCCCGUCAGUAAAGGGCUAGUACUCAUAACAGCGGGCGCAUCUAUUUUAGCUCAAGCUACGCGAGCAUCUCGGCGCAGGCAACUGCUGCCGGGCAUCCUGGCUCAGGCGUUUGUCUUCCGCAGCCCAGCUGAGCUCUUCUUUGGAGCUCUAGUCAUGUACUACUUCCGCAUCUUAGAGCGCGAGUCCGGCUCACCCAAGUUUGGUGCCUUCGCGGCCACCACCACCGGCCUAGCCGCAGCCCUGCAGUGGGCCGCCGGCAGGAGCGGGCUGCUGCGGCUGGCUGCCCCCGCCUCGGGCCCCUACGGCUUCCUGUUUGCCUGCUUCGUGCAGUACUUCUUCCAGGUCCCGCCCGCCAGCAAGAUGUCGGUGCUGGGCUGGAGGCUGAGCGAUAAGGUGUUCCUGUACCUGAUCGGCAUGCAGCUGCUGCUCAGCGGCGGGCCCGCCUCGCUGCUGGCGGGGGGCGCGGGGCUGGUGGCGGGGCUGGCGUACCGGGGGAACCUGCUGGGCAUGAAGAGGAUGAGGUUCCCCGCCUUCCUCACUCGCUUCCUCGCCUCCACGCUGGGAGCCCUGUUGGGCAGCAGCGACAGCAGCCCCGCAGCAGCAGCAGCAGCAACUCCCUCCCACGCGCAACCCCCCGCAGCAGCACAACAGCAACAGCAGGGAGGGCCCGCUGCAGGUGGGAGAAGAGGCGCAGCAGCUGGGGCUGCUGCGGCUGCGGCUGCUGGGGCCGCCGGAGCCGCUAGCGGCCUAGCAACAGGGGCAGCGGGUGCUGGUGGUGCUGGCGGUGGCGGUAGUGAUGCACUGC